UAAGUGCAAGGACCGUUGUAGGUAGGAUCUCCCUCCAUGAGCCACCCAAGGGCUGGGGGACCCCCACCCCGCUCCCCAGCUGCCAGCAAGCACACGCCAAGAGGCAGAGGUUAAUCCCCAGGGAGGGGAGAAGGGCAGGAGGGCUGGCGCAGCGCGACGGCUGCGAUGCUGCCGGCUCCCCGGUGCUACCGGCGGCGGCGGGCGAUGCAAGAGCAAUUGUGCAACGUAGCGCGGUGCUCUCCAGCUCUCCAGGGCUGGAGUGGCUUUCCAGGACUGAGCUCCGCGGAUUGGCCCGGAGCACCCAGCUCUCCUCCCUCCCUCUCCUUCAGCACCCUCAACCCACAGAGAUUGGACAGCGGGUGCCACAUGGGCAGAGAGGAACCAGGAUAAAAGAUGAGCUGGACUUGGGGACUGAAGCGUCCGCGGCGGAACAGCCGGGAGAAGUUUGCAGGGAGGUGGCACCAAACUUCCCUGGCUGCACCAAGACAGUGCAGGGGAGGACGGACAGACAGACGGACAGACACCGGGGCUGCGGCUGCCCAGGGACACCCUUGAGUUGAGCACCAGCUGCGGAGCAUCCCGUCCCCUCUGCACCCAGCCAUGUCCCCGGUGGUGAAGGAGAAGAACCACGUGCGGUUGGUCUUCUUGGGUGCCGCCGGCGUGGGCAAGACAGCCCUCAUCCGCCGCUUCCUGAUGGACACCUUCGAGCCCAAGCACCGGCGCACGGUGGAGGAGCUCCACAGCAAGGAGUACGAGGUGAGCGGGGCCACCGUCAAGGUGGAAAUCCUGGACACCAGCGGCAGCUACUCCUUCCCGGCCAUGAGGAAGCUCUCCAUCCAAAACAGCGAUGCCUUCGCCCUGGUCUACGCCGUAGAUGAUGCCGAGUCCUUUGAGAGCGUCAAGAGCUUGCGGGAGGAGAUCCUGGAGGUGAAGGAAGACAAGUUCCCUCCCAUCGUGGUGGUCGGCAACAAGGCGGAGAGCGGGGGCGAGCGGCAAGUGGCGGCGGAGGACGCCCUGUCGCUGGUGGAGCUGGACUGGAACAGCCGCUUCGUGGAGACGUCGGCCAAGGACAACGAGAACGUCCUGGAGGUCUUCAGGGAGCUGCUGCAGCAAGCCAACCUGCCCAGCCGGCUCAGUCCCGCGCUCUGCAAGAGGAGGGAGACGUUGCCCAAGGAGCAGGCGCUGAGGCCACCCAUGAACAAGACCAACAGCUGCUCGGUGUGCUGAGCCGGCCACCCCGGGGCCGGGAGGAAGGCGCCAGCAGCAGCGGCACUGGCUGGAGAAACUCAGGUGGGCUGGGUGGGGAGAGGCGCUGCCUCGGCCAAAACCAUCCCCGCUGCCUCCCACCCCUUCCCUCCUCUUCCCCACCCAGCCCACCAGCGCCGGUGAGAGUUGGAGAUGACAAGGAGGAGGGACUUGGAAGGGACGCUGGGCACCCAAAGGGUGUGGGGAGAGGGUGAGUGCCCGAAAAAGGCAGGAGGGGUACCUGGGGGACCACCGUCGGUCAGCUGGGACAUCGUGUCUCUGCCAUGGAGAGCUUGCAGGCAGGAUACAGGCAGGAUGCAGGCAGGAUGAAGGCAGGAUGAAGGCAGGAUGCAGGCAGCUCCUCAGGUACUGGGAAAAGGGGACAAACAACAGGUCUUUGGCCGCACGUGUCAGAAGGCAGACGCGGGCGCCGGUGCAGCUGCAUCACACCCCCCGGUGCCGCUCUCCCGGGUCUCCUUCAGGUCCUGUGUCACCUCACCCCACGCACCUGCACGUACCACCUCCUGGCACGGCCACGGUCACAGCAGAUCCAGUGUCCCAAGUAGUUUUGGUGUUGUACCUCGGGUAGGCACGUAGAGCAUGCGGUAGGGCAGUCUGUGCACCUCUUUGGUUUUCUUUUUUCUAUUUUUGUGGGGUUUUUUAAGUGCUCCCAAUAAACACCUUGUUGCAAAGUGGAACUGGAAAACGCCUGGGUUUCUUUCUCCUGUUACUUCACAUGCUGCAGUGCCCAAUAUCAG